AUGGCCUAUCGAGGUACGGGCCAGGCCUCGUUCCCGGGGCAGCAUGAGCAGCAGGGAAUGUACGCCGGCUAUCAGCAGCAGCCGCCGCCGCCGCAGCAGCAGCAUGUCCAGCCGCAGGGUGGCCCUGUGCGGCGGCCGUCGCAGAUGAUGCAGCCGUCACCGACGCAGAUGAUGCAGCCGAUGUCACCGUUGUCGCCGCAAAACCUGUAUCCCAGUGGUGCCAGGGACGAGCAGCUAUUCGCCUCCGGGCUGCCGGUCCAGCGACUGCCGCAGGGACAGUACGUACAGCAGCACCCGAACCAGCCGUAUCAGCAACUAUCGCCAACCCAACAGCAUCAGCCGCACCAGCAGCACCAGCAGCAGAUGGCGGCACGGUACGGCAUGAGAAUGAACGAGUUUCAAAUCUACGAUGCCGAUACCGCAGCUUUUGCACCCCUCCCACAACAGCAACGGCAACAGCAGCAGCAACACCAACCGCAACAGCAGCAGCAGCACCACCAACAACAGCAGCAGCAACAAACCAUGCAAUUUCCUGUCGGUCAGCAACAACACCAAAUGCAGCAGGCGCACUUUCAUCAGCAGACGUCAUCGAAUCCCUUCAUGGCUGCCGGCAUCAUGUCACAGCAACAGGUCCAGCGCCAGCCAUCGCGUCCCAUGAUCGUUCCCCCCCAAAAUCUGCAGCAGCAGCACCAGCAGCAGCAGCACCAGCUGGCAUUCGGGAGCCCCGGACCUUCCCCCCAAAUGCACCACCAAUCCUCACCUCAGCCUCAGCCUCGUCGUACCCCUUCUCUGACUCCUACCCUUGCCACAAAGUCUACGCCAACGCCUAGGCCUCGUCCCUCCCUCUCCCAUCCGCACCAGCAGCCAGCUCCCAAGCAACGACAGCUGUCGACUCCUCAGGCCCAGUUCCAGUCCCUCCAGUCCCCGACCUUGCCGCAACAGCAACAGCAUCAGCAACAGCAACAGCAGCAGCAGCAGCAGCAGCAGCAACAGCAACCACAACGCCCACCGGCACCUCCGCAACAGCCGCAGCCGACCCGGAUUCCCGAAACGCAGACGCAGGUGCCAAACCCCGAACCGACCGAGGCGCUCGCCGAGCAGCAGCAGCCACUGCCGGUCCCUACAGCGGAGCCCGUGCAGGAGCUGCAGUUUGUGAACCCCCUCGACAUUCUUCAAGCACCGCCGCCGCCGUCGCUCCCGCCCACGCUCCCCCUUCCGCCGCCCCUUCCGCUCCCCGUCAUGGGCAACGGCCACGGCUCCAUGUCACUGCCGCCGGUGCCGACCCCGGAGCAAGCCUCGCAGCAGGUCCCGGGACAGGAGGCACCCGACGCCACCGAUGUCAAGCCCCGGCUUCCGAUGCCAACCUCGGCCAGGCCGUCCCCCCUUCCUCCGCCUUCGAGGACCAUUCCACCCCCCAGAAAGACCGAUCCGAGGCCGGAGCCGACGCGGAUAAAGUCCAGCCCGCAUUCUUCCGUCUCCAACUCUCCCGCCCUGUCUGCGCGCUCGCCAAGUAUCGCGAAAAAGUCUCCCGCCAUCCCAUCGAACCCACGACCGAUCGACACCGGGCCCAUCAUGGUGGCCAUCGCCGAGGAGUGUCUCGAAAAGGCCCGCCGCUCCGUCCAUGACGUUGCCAUGUCCCUCCAUCCCGAGACGGUGGACGAGUAUCAGAAGCUGAUAGCGACGAGCUUGUCGUGUCUGGAGGCUACUCUGCAGGAUAGCCGCCUGUCGCCGCGAGAGGAAGCUCGCCUGCGGUUGCGAUAUGCCACCACGAUGCAGGAGGAGACGGAAAACCUGAUGGAGGCCGAGAUGGCGCUGGGUAAAGGGAUCACGCUCUGCGAAAAGCAUCGCUUGAUCGACUUGAAAUACUGCAUGCAGUACCUCAUGCUCAAGGUCCUCUUCCACCGGAACCACAAAGCUGCCCUCAAAGCCAUCGACGGCAACAUCUCCGACUGCGAAGUUUUCAAGCAUGUCCAGUGGUACUAUGCCUUCCGCUUGCUCAAGGCCACGUUCUACAUGGAAAUGGGCAUCGCCUCCGACGCCAGCGCCCUCGAGAACAUGCGAUCUCUGCAGAACAUCGCAAACACGAGGGGCGACAACGCACUCAGCCUCCUCUCCUCCGUCCUCGAGGGGCUAGCCCUUCUCAAGACCUCAAAGGAUGGCAGUAUGGAACGGAUCCAAUCGUGCAUCGCCCAGGCUGCCAAGUUCCAGUUCGACCCCUCGGUCAAGAUCAUGCAGCUCGACGUCCUCACCCUCCUGCUCGACUUCGCCUCGAGCCUGCACCACCAGAGCCCGGAGAGCACGGCACAGAAGCUACGGCUGCUGCAGCAGAGGCUCGAUGACUGCGACGACUGGAACAACGUGCAGGCCGAGUUUUUGGUGCCCAUCAAGAAGCAACCGUCCAACGCGAAGACGGUGAGCGCGGAUACGGCAUCCAUCGUGAGACCGGCCGAGGGAGACUCCAGCUUCGACUACCUAGUCAUGUCCUUUAUGACCAAGAUUGAGCUCCGGUCCCUGGUAUUCACAUUCAGCGGCCUCGCGAAUCUGCACAAGCCAUCAUCGCAGGGUCCUCGGUCGACAGAGUUCUGGCGCGAGGGACUCAAGAUGCUCGAUAGCUGGGAUUCUUCCACGGCGGGCAUUUCGUACGGUCCACCCGUCUCGUUGUCUGCUGCUGUCCGGCAGAGAGCCUGGCGCACCGAGGCGCAGGCCUACCUCAACCUUCUCCUCGGCCUCAUGGCGGCAAGCCAGUGCAAAUGGACCACGGUCAAGCAGAUUCUGGACAGGCUGGAUGGUCUCAUCACGUCGGCAACGCAGACGACAGUCAGAUUGCUCUCUACGUAUCUAGCUGGAGUCUAUCGCCAAGGCACCGGUGACCUCCAGGGCGCCCUUGUCGUCUUCCUCGACGGCUGUUUUGCCGUCCCCCAAGAAUCCGCAAGCAUCAGGGCAGGCCAGCAGGAGAUUGCCUUGCUCACCGGCCUCAACCGACUGUGGAUCAUGCAGCACCCGUCCUGCCGCAACGACCAGGAGACGCAGGACCUCAUCGAACACCUGCAGCCGUACUGCAAUGGCCACUGGAACAUUGACCUCCGGACCGCCUGGCACAAUGUCGUGGCCGCGUUGGAAACGGAGCCGCCGCAACAGCUUAACCAGCAGAAGCAGCACAUACACACCGCCAUGGCCGGCUCCAAGAUAACGAACAACAUCCUCGGGGCGGCCGUGACCCUUUGCAUAAUGCGGAGUCGGUUCUUUGAAAACGUCAUCGGCGAACAGGCGCUCAAGAGCGCGCGCGCUGCGUCGAAGCAGGCGCAACGAAGCGGCAACAUGCUCUGGCAGAGCGUUGCCGACGGCAUGCUCGCCCACUCGUACGAGGUACAGGGCCAGCGGGACGAGUCGCGACAGGAGUGGGAAAAGGCAACGAGGGAAGCGAAGGAUGCAUUUGUUGGGGGUAGUUGA